AUGGAGCCUAGCCCGAACUCAAAAUCAUCCACCAUUCCAGCUCACCAGCAAAAGGUGUCAAUGAAUACAUUAAAGGCAGAAUUAGAGUUAGCGGUAGCUUUCAUAUUUUUCUCAAUCCUGGGAAACUACUCUAGACUGGGACUAACCAAACUCACAGACUACUCAGGUUCAUAUGUCCAAAGUCCUACGGUGUUAUGGGCAAAUCUUGCGGCUUGCUUCAUCAUGGGACUGAUGCAAACGAUGUUCCACUACAAGGUGUUCAACCCGCUCAUGUUCACUGCAAUCACCACCGGCUAUUGUGGUGCUUUGUCGUCGUAUUCGAGCUUAAUCGUCGAAAUCUUCAUUCAUGCUGCCAAUCAGACCAGUUCUACUGCUCAUGCAUUCCCAAAUCGAGCAUAUGGAAUCAUGGAGUUUCUGGCGGUGCUUCUGGUCCAAAUUUUGGUGUCCAUGUGUAGUCACAUCUUUGGACUUUACGUUGCCAAGGAGUUUGCGACAUAUUUCGAGAACUUCGAGACCAAAGAGCUAUCACUAGCGGCUCGCAGAACUCACCGGAUCUUUACGAUUAUCGGGAAGGUUGUGCUUGUGAUAUCCUUACCAGUGCUUAUAAUUCAGAUCGUUCUGGCUGCUGUUUACAACAAUUCCUCGCGAUAUUGGACGCUUUCGGCUAUUUUCGCAUUUCCCGGGACAAUGUUGCGCUACAUCUUGUCCAAGCAGCUAAACUCCAAGAUCAAGCACUUUCCGCUGGGCACAUUCACAGCCAAUGUUCUGGGAACUCUAUUGUUAGCCAUUUUUACACUACUGACAAGAGGAAAACGACAAGAUGGAUCCGCAAUCAUUCAAUCUUCAACCACUGACGCUGUCGUGAUUGCCCUGGGAAAUGGUUUCUGCGGGUGUUUGACAACCGUAAGCACUUUUAUCAAUGAAUGUCAUCGUCUCCCGCUCCGCAAUACAAUGAUCUACUAUUUUUUCUCAAUUUUCGUGUCUUUCAGCCUAGUCGUCGUUACUUUGGGAUCCUACGCCUGGACCAGAGGGCUAGAAUGA